AUGGAACUUUACAAAUACGUCGUUGAAAGCUUGGAAGAUAUAUCUGCUUGGAGGGAUUCUGGGGAUGCACCAGUUUUGCGUAAUAGUCUUUUUGAUUCCGACUUUUUAAUAGCCCUCCAAGUAGUUAACCAGAGCUUUAGUUUUGGUUUGCCACUUUGUCAGGUUCUGCAAAAAGUGGACAUUAAUUUAAAAGAGGCUGUAAUGGUGACUGAAAAUGAAGUGGCGUCGAGUGUGGGCGCCGAAAGUAAAGUAAAACGAAUAACACACAAACAAAAAAAUCGAGCAAAUCCCAAUAUCAAUCCAAAUGCCGAAAAUUACGCGGUCGACUAUUUUAGAACUACUAUGUAUUUGCCAUUCUUGGAGUUUUUCAUUAACCAGCUGGAAGAAACAUUUACGUCUCAUAAAGAAAUUUUCCAGGGAUUUAUGUGCCUAUUAUCACCUUUAUCUGUUGGAGAAUCAACUGAUUCAAGCAAUAAGUUUAACAAUUUGCUUGAUUUAUAUGUACCCGAUGUUUCAAAAAUUAUCACAAAAUCUGAAAUAAAACUGUGGCAUGAGCAUUUAAACAAUUUCCCAGAAAUAAAAAACAAACGCCAGGCAUUAGCUUGUUUGGAAGUUUGUAGUCAGCAUGCCUAUCCCAAUGUACACAAACUUCUAAAAAUUUUUUGUACAUUGCCAGUGUCAACUUCGACGCCAGAACGUACAUUUUCCACGUUAAAACGGAUAAAAACGUAUUUAAGGAAUACUACCACCCAAACGCGGCUUAAUGGAUUGGCCAUGCUAUCAAUUCAUCGAGAAGAAGUAAUAUCUGUUGAUGAAAUUAUUGAUGAUCUCGCUCUGAAGCCACGGCGUUUAGAUUUUGUUUUGUAA